UUAUUUUGGGGCAGAUCGAUCUAAACUUUAAGAAGCUUUAAAACAAAACAAACCUGACGAGCUUUACGACUAUUUACUCUCCACGAAUAAUGCCAACAGCUCCAUCCAUCUUUUUUUUAUUCUGAAUCCCGUCACUUAAUUUGGAUUUCAAUUAAUCCUCACAAUGUUCUCGCCUGCAGUCAACGCUGGUGCUCCCGCUCCAGUAAGGAGUAGUAGAAGACGACCACGGCCUUCUUCGAACGAGAAUUCAUUAGCACAACCAAAGAGCAAGAGAGUUCGAAGCUCAUACGAUGAUCAGACUUUUGCGCCAAAUGGUACACCCGAAAUGGAUGAAGCAAAAAGCAAUAAAGUAGCUACUUUAGUGAGGCGCGAAAGUCCUAAGGAGGUCGCAAAUCCGAGACGGGAGAUAGCAGUAAGAGGCAAGAAGUCGAAAGGAGCAGAAAGGCCUGGAAAGGGAGAUGGUAGCGUGGUCCUUGUGAGUUGUUCAGCAUGACAUUGUGUUGCAACUGUUAGAAACUGAUGAUUUACAUCCUCUGGCAGACUAAGAACGAUACCUACACAGUUAGUAAACUUCCAGCUCUUCCAGAUCAAAUUCGCGCAGAUAUUACAGGUAUUUAUCACCUUUCCAUUGAUGUAUAAAUCCAUUACUAAAUCUAAUUGAAAGCUCAUCUACAUGGCGCAAUUUAUUCAGAUAGUGGUUAUGCACUUGCUCUCACCCAUUCUUACGCAUUUGUCUGGCCAUACGCAAUCAACAUUCCUUCCCCCGAAACUUUUACAUUCGCUUUACCUCACAGCAAUAAGCAUGUAUCAGAUCCUCUUCCUCUUGGUUCGCUUGUCUCACCUUCUGCAUCAUCUUCGGAGCCAGGCCUUGUCGUUGUCAUACCUACUACCGGAAAAAUUACAUAUUGGGAGUCUAUCGCUAGUGCCGCUACCCUUGACCUGAUCAAACUGAAAAGUAACGGAGUAGGAUCAACUAUAUCAGGAAUGCUUUCCGGGGAAACCGUUGUGCAACUUUUGAAUGCGGAAACCGCCGGGUUCGUCCUGGCAUUUAGUACCGGACGGCUAGCUUAUUUGAGAGUCAGAGAUGGACAUGGAAGGCCCGAGAUAUCUGUUCAAUUCUUGAGAGGAUCAAGCGGACCUUUAGCAGGAGGCAUAUUCGGCAGUCUGCGGAAUGCACUGUCUAGCUCAGCAUGGCGCGGGGAUAUUGCCGCGGUUCGCGCUGGGCCACAAGAGCAUGUAGGAGACCGAAAUGUUGUCGUCGCAACAGGAAAGGGAAGAAUACAACUCUGGAAUCUCCAAAGAGAUGGACAGAAUGCGCUGCAUGCCGAAGCUGAGGGGCGGGAAGCAAUCGUAAUGGAAAUCAAAAGGGCCGAACCUACUCUAUCCAACUUGUCAUUAGAAACGUUCGAAGUUCUCGACUUCACUUUCACACCUCGAUCGCCAGAGGACCGCUACGACGUGGGAGAUCAACUGCUGUUGCUAACCUCCCUCUCCAAUCGACACACAAGUCACUACACACUUGUCGACGUUAUUCUUAGACGGGAUCAGUUGAUCGUCGAAAAUGUUCAACUACUCAAAUCUUACACCACCACGGUCAACAAACAUGCAAUUUCAAAAGCACGAAUUUACCUACCAAGUCCAGCGCUUGUUGCCUAUAUCGUCUUUGAUCGUGCUGUGGUUGUUGUUUCCAGGGAAAAACAAUCAGAUUCGCCCGAGUCGCAGCUUCUUUCCGAAAAUCAUACACUGUCGCCGUCAUUUGAAGACGUUGUAGACUUCAGGGAAGAUACAAACGUUGAGAUUGUCGGGUCGGGCAUGGAAGAACCUCAAAACAUUCAACAUGGAAUUGAGGAAGCAAAGUCGCGCAAAUACAAGGCAAGGCAUCCGGCCGCCGUUCUGUUGGUUCGAGGUGGGGGCGUGAUACGUGUGGCGGCCACCGAUAUUGACAAACUCACAUCUAGCACAAGACGGCAAGUCACUGCGAAAAGCAAGCUAGAACAAGCAGUAUUCUACGGCACAAUGGCACAAAAUCCUUUGAGCUUUGCGGGACGAUCAGAAUUGCAAUUUCCUGCAGAAGAAGUUGGAGCAGCUGCUUUGGAAUUGAGCACAGAGAUCGUGGAAUCUAUAACCAACUUCAUUCCUUCAGUUUCUGCCUCGCUCGAGCAACAUCUUAAAAGGCGGGCAGCGGCUCUUCAUGAUCUUGCUAAGCAUCUCAAAGUGACUGGUGUAGAACUUGACAGGGUCACGCGGUGGAAGCUACUUUGGGAUGCAGAAAGAAUGACAGCGGCUACAAUUAUCUGGCAGCGCUAUGAUGCUCGCAUUCGAGAGCUACCUGAAGGACAGAAACGGGGGCUCCUCGCAGAACUUGUGGACCACAUUCAUGAAAAUUUCAAAACAGAGCCUGUUACUGAGAAGGGCGAAGUCGAUCGUGUUCGACAUUUUUUUAUUCAUGAUGUUGCUAAAUUACCUUUGGCGAUACCAUGGGCCUUUCAGAUUCUCAAGUACGCAUGGCAGGACGGCCAAAAUUCUCCUGCUUCAGUAGUCGAAACAUUAAGUCAAUCUAACGACAUGAUGAUUGGUGCAUUGGAGGGUGCAUUUGACUUUCGCAUGGAUAAUUUACGACUCUAUGGGUUGCAAUCAGAAGUAUUGUCACACGGAAUCUUAGAAGAAGGCUAUGAAGGACUCCCAGAGUUUUGGACUUCGACUUUCUACGUCGCCGAAAACGUUCGAAAGCAAACAGACCUUGUUUCUAUGCUACUCGGAGAAUAUUGGAAUAAGCCUGUUACGGAAGGCAGCGCGGAUCCUGAAAUCCUCGACAAAAUACGAUUAGAGUAUCCUGCUCUAAUCGAUAUGGCUAUCCGAUCCAAUGUGGAGAGGAUACGCUGGGUAUCGGCGCAAGACUCACCACAACUUCAAAUGCAGGCAGAAGGCCUUCAAAACCUACAAUCAAUUUCGCAAGAUAAACAGCUACAGAAUCUUGCCGACACAUGGGAACUUCCCGAUGAAGCAAUGGCAAUUGCAGAAAAACACGAAAUUCUACAUACAUUAGCCUCUGUUCUGAUGUAUGAGGUCGUUGUCUGUGCUGAAGGACUUGGUACGCCAGGCAUUAGCGAAGAUGAAUGUGAACAUCUUAGGAAGCGAGAAAAGGACCUUAAUGAGCGGAUGGACAAGUAUUUUGCAAACUUUGGUGCCAGCUGGGCUGCCGCCCUGUAUGAGUAUUUUAUCAGCAAUGGACAAGUCCAACAAAUGCUCAAUGAGUAUCAAACUCAUCAAGCAUUCCUUACCGCGUUCCUACGUGACAAACCGGAGUAUGCGAAGAUUGGUUGGAUUCAUGAGAUUACUCGAGAAAAGGAUUACGACGAGGCCGCAAGAAUGCUUCUUGAACUCGGAUUAGAUCGGGAACGAGAUGUCUGGAGCAAAAAGGUUGAGCUGAGCAUUGGCAAACUUUCGCGUAUGGCAGGCCGAAAUUACAGUCAGACAAAUGGAAUCCUCAUCCCUGACGGAGGUGAAGCGGAACUUGUCAGAGCAAAUCAAGAGCUUGGAUUGAUCAAAAUUCAAGAUCUGAUUUACAAAUACAUAUAUCCCACCAUCAGCACGGCCAUUGACGGUAACGCUGAAGUCCAACUGGCUUUGGAAACUCAUGGAAAUAAGAGUUUGAAGCAACAAUUCUCUUUCAUGAACCUUCUCGAAAAUAGCAUGACUCUACUCGUCAAGCAUGAGUCUAUGGAUGCUUUCAGUUUGGUUGAUUUGCUUACCUUAAUGGGUGAUGAUUUUAGAGCCAUGGAACAAGAUGAUUUCAGCAUUACCAGGUUUUAUUGGGCCCUCGAAGCUAUCCGUUUAGGUGUUUCAAAUAAAGAAGAGAGGUUGCUCAUGCAACGUGUUAUCUGGAGAAGAUGUCUCUUGAGAGAUGACUGGGCUGCGAUGAACAAUACAGAGGCGAAGGACGAUCAAUUUGUAGAAGAUCAAUUAAAGACAACAGCCUUGUAUUCGACACUUAAGAGCUGCUUCAAAAAUCGUAAGUAUUAUGGUUCCAACAACCUAUGUUAGGAACGCAGGCUGACCACAUUUUCAAUAGGCAUCUUCGAAAAGGAUCUCAUAAUCAGGCCACUAAGUCCUCAGGAGGUUAUUGGCGCAUGCACAGAUGAGCUAGAACAACGAUGGUCUCGAAUUGACGCCAGCAUGCGUAAACGUAUGAUGGAAGAUUAUCAGAUUGAAGAUGAAGCAUUAAAACUCUACCUCGAGACGGCUAGAAUAGAAAAUUGGCAUCAACAAGCGGCUGAACUUGCAAAACAAGAUUUCAGAAAUGAAAUUGGUGCUGAAACUACAGAGGGCUCGAUUAUGGAUAGAGAGGCGGCUAGGACUCUGGAGGAUCUGGAGAAGAGUAUUGCGGAUAAUGAGAAGGAGACGGCGGAAAGCAUGUUGUUUUCGAGGCCGAGACAUAGGGUUAGACCAAAGUUUGAUGGAAGAAGCAGUGCUAGUGGGAGUGUGCGCGCUGGUAGUUUUAGAAGCUCGGUCAAGUUGUAUUGAAGGAUAAGUGAGUUAGGAUAGGAAAAAAAGAAACAUGUACAUGGGAUGGUUUGUAAGAUUCGAUUCUGGCAGAUCUUUUAUUAGGGUAUUGCAGUCAGUAUUAUAUCACUGGUUUUCAUUAGCGUGGAGUUUGUGGACUUCUUUGGUUUGGUUUGGAGUUUGUAAACAAAAUCGAUUAAAAUUAGCUUGAUGAUUAUGGAUGGAUGGAUACGAUGGGUUAGGAUAGGAUAGGAUGGAUAGGAAGAAUGAAAAAAGAUUGGUAUGAAUUAUCGGUAUUAGAUGACCUCG